CAUGGCGCCACUGUCCCCGCCCACACAUACUUUCCAGCCAAUUAGCAGCGCCUGUCACUGAUCACAUGACAUCACCCGGGCACUAGUGGGAUCUGACUGUUAUCAGGAACAGGGACCUGCGCUCGCUGCCUCAUCACCUGGGAUUGUCCAGAUUAGGAACCCUGUUGCUGCACUGAACGGAUUACCCUCAGGGCACCUACCUUCUGUGUCCAGUCUUCCAGAUAUCAGGAUCUUCCGGAGGGAUGUCCAGGGUUCCCAUUUUGGCAGCCUCCUACCUGGGUAGUAUUGUAUGUUCCUCCUAGAGGCAGCACCAGCUCAUGUGACAGCCCAUGGCAUGUCUCCACACCGAGCACUAGUAACCUGAGACAUCCAGAACACCUGCAGUGCUCAGCAAUCUGCUCCACGGUGGAGAUCGCUCAGUAGAAGACUCUGCAGCGGUGAACAGACGGGAGAAUGGCCAGCUCCAGCGUAAAGCGUCUGGCGGUCACCCUGAUGGACGCGUCCACGGACAAAGAUCAUGACGUGCAGGAGCAGAUUUAUAACUCGCUGUGCUUCAUGGGAGAGACUGCCCCCGCGGAGAUACUGGAGUCAUGUGCCUCCUACCUGCGCCAGCACGACAAGCUCUCUUACGUUCAUCGCACCAUCAUCCUGAGGGCCAUGGAGACCGUGGUAAGGAACAACCUGACAUCCCUGAGCAAGGAGACCGCCAAGAUGGUCAUUGUGCUGGCGUCCAAUGAGAUGACCAAGUCUAAGGACGUUAUAUUCGAGUGGCAGCAGGCGGCUAGCAGUAUCCUCGUCGCUGUGGGAAGAGGCUUCAUUAACUGUGUCAUGGAGGAAAUUCUGCUCAAGUUCCAGCCAGGAAUCCUUCCGCAUUUCUUCAUCAUGCAGACAUUAGCCAACCUGGCAGUGGCUAACGUGUUUGGGAUGGUUCCUUUCCUUAACUCUGUCCUUGGAACGAUGCUUCCGAUGUUUCCGAUAGUGAAGCAGGAUCCAAUGAAAGCCGUGUUCUGUGUGGCCCUGCAGCACUUCAGCGAGAGCAUCCAGGAAUAUCUGGCUAACCUGGACAAGGCUCCGGACCCCUCCGUCAGGAAAGAUACCUUCUCCAGCGACAUGUUCAGCGCCUACGAUGUUCUGUUUUAUGGCUGGCUGCAGAACAGAGAGUCUAAGGUAUGGAACCCAGGGGAUCCGUGGCUCUCUCCGUGGCUUGGUACACUGUCCCCUGUACCUUAUUUCUCUGCCAUACUUCUCUUACACGCAGGUUUUGCUCCAGAUCACACAGAUGAACUGGUAGAGAAGUUACAGACUUUCAGACAAGGUCUCCAUAACCCGGACUCCAGCGCUCUGUUCCAUACGUGCUUCAAUAUCGCCAUGAUCAUUGGGAAGCUCCUCCCACCUGAGCAGCUGACCAGCCUCAUUUUUGUCACCUUUGAGGGACUUUCUGAUCCUGACCCCAAUUGCUCCCGAGCUGCUACUGUUAUGAUCAACUCCCUGCUGAAGGACCGGGGGACUAUCCUGUUACUGAAGGUGCCGGAGAUCAUUGAGCGGGUGCACGAGCAGCUGCAGGAGACCCCGGAGGAGCACAUUAAGAAGGCGGCCGUACAGACCAUCUAUAUCCUGGCCACACAGCACAUGGCAGCCGUGGUCACCAGCUUACUGUGCAGUCCCGUGCCGUACGAUAGUGAGACUUGCACCCUGUGGAAAGCCCUGUCCUCGGAUCCUCCGCUGACCUCCCAGGUGCUGACGCUGCUUCUGGAAAAGAUGACCGGUGAUGUGCCGUACAAGGAGAGUAAGGCGUCAUUGCUGAGCUCAAUGUCUGGUCGUGUGGCCACUCUCCUCCCUCUCACUGCUACCUGUGCCCUCCGUGAGGUCCUGUGUCAGCCGGAAUCUGCCCCCACUGUACAAGAGCUUUAUUCCCUGCUCUUUGUCUCCCUCCUGCUGCGUGUCAGCUCUAUGGUGGGGGUCCAGCUACCCAAGAACCUCUGCACAACCACGGUCAGGAAGAGCUCCAGUCCACCCACCACCUCCAGGAGCCUGGACCCCUGCAGCUCUGCAAUAGAGGCUCUGCAGUUUAUGCUGAACCAGGGAGGCUGUGAGGAGGUGACGCUGAGUGUGGAAACUGAUGGAGGCUGGGAGAACAUGAAGAAGGAGGAGACACAUUACUUAGGUGUAACAUCACUGAGCAGAUCCAUGGUGCGGUACGCUGGUCCGAAGCUUCCAAUCAUCAUUAAGAGUCUGCAGUCCGCACUAAGCAGUGUCUAUGACAGUCAGCGUAUCACUGCUACGGCUUUCCUCGCUCAGCUCCUUCAGAGUAGUGACCUCAGUGACCUCAUCUUCCUGGAACCACUGAUGGACAACAUGACCAGUCGGCUGAAGGACAGCAGUGUGAUUGUGCGCAUGUUAGCUGUCCGCGGCUUGGGGAACAUUGCAGCCGGAUACCCCGAUAAGGUGCGCAAGAAUGGAUCCCAGCUCCUUACUUCCAUGAUCAAUGCCAUGGAUGAUCGAGAGGACCCUGACCAUAUAGUGACCCAGGAAGCAAUGUCCAGUCUCUCUCGCCUCCUCCCCCAUAUGGAGGACAAAGACAUGCGCUCCCUCCUCAUCCACACAGCCAUCCGCAUCCGACCCUUCUUUGACCACGAGAAGGAGGAGCUGCGUAAAGCCUCCAUUAUGCUGUUUGGGAACCUCACCAGGCUGAACUCGGAGUGGAGCGAGGAGGUGCUGUUCGAGCAGAUCCUGAAUGGUCUUGUGACGUUACUUCUGCACCUGCAGGACCCUAAACCGGGUGUGGUGAAGGCAUGUAAAUUUGCUCUGCAAAUGUGUGCCCCAAAUAUAAAGAACCAGAGUCUGGCGGAUAUGUUCCUCUCCCACCUGCACCCGGACAGAGGCUUGCACUACGGGGAGUUCAUGAAUAAUGUCUGCAAACACCUGUUGCAGGGUUAUCCUGAUAUGAUCUCCCGUCUCGUCCAGACCAACAUCAGCUACUUCAAGAGCACCUGGCCUGAUAUCCGAGCAGCCGCUCCUAUGUUCAUAGGGUUCCUGGUGCUGAACAUGCAGAAGGAGCAGUGUAAUCUAGUGGACUUAGAUCAUCUCGUGACCUCCCUCGUCAUCUUGCUGAAGGACCCAGUCCCCGCUGUGCGCAUCAAGGCCUCGGAGGCCAUGGGGCUCCUGGUGAAGUUUGUCUGAUUUCAGCCCUGACUGUGCCGGCCAUCACAUUGUACGGAACGGUUCCUGCUUCCAGGGUAACGGUACUGGCUGACACUUUAUACUGUAGCUGGAUCCCCCAAAUGCUUCUUGGCGAGACACUGAGCCGGCGGUGAGACCGGGAACUCUAGAGGGGGCCAUUCGGGCGGCCCGGAUACAGGUCCUGCAGUCCACGCUCUGGAUUCUCAGGGAAGGGACCCGCUGUGGGAUCACUGCCACUUUCUAUAGAGGGGAUCCAUGCAGUGUUGGGGUUAUAUUUGGCUAUAUACAGAUGAUAUGUAUAUGUGAAGUUGAUGGGGUAUUUUCUAUUGCUCCUGGGGUCAGCGUCAACACAUUAAACUUAUUUUUCAACACGGAAA